AAACGGUCAAAAAAAUUGCACGUCACAUAACGAGCCAAAAGCAACAAGAAUACGUCUUGACUUAAAACUACCGUAACAUAGAACAACAGAAUGGUCGCUGCGACAAUACCUGGAGAAGUACGCGAUACUUCACAUUUCGCGGACACUCUCUUAAUCACCGAUGAUGAUGUUCCGUACGAAGAAGAAAUCCUUCGCAAUCCUAAUACUCUUCGAUGCUGGCUAAGAUAUAUCGAACAUAAGAAAGACGCACCAAAGAACCAAUUGUUCCUUGUUUACGAACGUUGUUUGAAGCAGCUUCCUGGAUCGUACAAAAUUUGGAAAAAAUACUUGGAUCUUCGACGAGCUCAAAUCAAGGGUUUGAAUCCCAUUCAACAUGCAGAUCUUUUCGAGGCUGUCAACGAGUGCUAUGAGCGCUCUUUGGUAUUGUUGAACAAGAUGCCUCGUAUUUGGUUGGAUUAUUGUGCAUUCUUGAUGAAGCAACCACACAUCACUCGAACUCGUCGCACCUUUGACAAAGCAUUGCGAUCGCUUCCCCUCACUCAACACGAGCGUGUCUGGACGCUAUACUUGGAGUUCGCAAAGGAAGUUGGUGGCGAAACAGCCAACAAGUUAUACAAGAGAUACCUCAAGCUUGAUCCAUCGCACGUUGAAGCUUAUAUAGAUCACCUGUUGUCACUAGAACACUACGACGAAGCAGCCAUCAAACUGGCGUCUGUAGUAAACGACGAUAAAUUUAAAUCCGUGCGUGGAAAGUCACAUUAUCAAUUGUGGCAAGAUCUAUGCGACCUCGUAGUCAAAUAUAGCGAGGAUAUCAAGACUUUGAAGGUGGAGGCCAUAAUUCGAAGCGGUAUUCGACGAUUUACGGACCAAGUUGGUAUGCUUUACUGCUUACUUGCAAUGUAUUGGAUCAAGCUAGGACUUCUCGAUAAAGCUCGCGACGUGUAUGAAGAAGGCAUCACAACCGUCAUGACAGUGCGUGACUUCACAGCCGUAUUUGAUGCAUACGCCGAAUUUGAGGAGGAAGUCAUCACUAGCAAAAUGGAGCUUGCUGCCGAACGUGAAGAAAGUGGCGAUGUGGACAAAGAAGAAGACUUGGACCUCGAUAUGCGUUUGUUGAGAUUCGAGCGACUCAUGGACCGAAGACCGUUCCUUGUUAACGACGUUCUUCUUCGACAAAAUCCUAAUAAUGUGUUGGAAUGGGAAAAGCGGGUUUCCCUCUGGAAAGAUGACAAGGCCAAGGUUGUCGAAACCUACACUGACGCUGUUCAAACCGUCAAUCCCAGAAAGGCGCCUGGCAAAUUCCAUACACUGUGGAUUCACUUUGCCAAAUUCUACGAAGACGGUGGAGAUUUGGAAUCUGCUAGAUCUAUCUUUGAAAAAGCUGUCAAAGUGCCUUUUGCCAGUGUCAAUGAUUUGGCUGAAGUCUGGUGCGAAUAUGCCGAAAUGGAAACUCGACACGAAUCGUUUGACAAUGCUCUGGAUGUUAUGGGUCGGGCAACGGUUAUCCCUCGCCUCGGCAAUGUUAACCCACACAAUGUCAACUUCCACGACGAAACCAUCUCCCCACAGCAACGCGUCUUCAAGAGUCUCAAGCUUUGGGGCUUCUAUGUUGACCUCGAAGAAAGUGUUGGUACUGUGGAAAGCACAAAAGCAGUGUACGACAAAAUCAUGGACCUCCGUAUCGCAAAUCCACAGAUCAUUGUCAACUAUGCAACCUUUUUGGAAGAGAACGAAUACUACGAAGAUUCUUUCAAGGUUUAUGAACGAGGAAUCGAUCUCUUUGGAUGGCCAAUUGCGUUUGAACUUUGGAAUAUAUAUUUGGAAAGAUUUUUACGACGAUAUGGCGGAACAAAGCUGGAACGUACAAGAGACUUGUUCGAAAAGUCGUUGGAUGGAUGUCCUCCCAAGUAUGCGAAGCCACUAUAUCUCAUGUACGGAAAGCUGGAAGAGGAACAUGGUUUGGCUCGUCAUGCCAUGCGUAUAUACGAUCGGGCAACAAGAGCUGUAUCAGAUGAAGAUCGCCUAGAGAUGUUCAACUUUUACAUUGCCAAAGCAAGUGCAUCAUUCGGUGUUACGGCCACUCGUGAUAUAUACGAGAAGGCCAUUGAAGUGUUGCCAGAUAGAGAUGCCCGAACAAUGUGCCUUAAAUAUGCCGAUAUUGAGACCAAGCUUGGUGAAAUUGACCGUGCUCGCGCAGUUUAUGGACACGCUGCUCAAUUUGCAGACCCAAGGUCGGCCGAGUCUUUCUGGCAGAAGUGGCAUGACUUUGAAGUCAAACAUGGUAAUGAGGACACCUUCAAAGAAAUGCUGCGUAUUAAGCGAUCAGUUGGCUAUUCUGUGUAUGCCCAUAAUCCCAUUUCUACAGAAAUUAAGACCGCUUAGUUGUAGAAAAUCUCCCAUUCGUUUUGAAAACAACCCUCACAACUUUGUAUUAAAUAAUUAAAAAUGGUAUUUGGCGCGCUUACGUUGACAAUGUGAAGAACAAAAAAGAAGCUUCAUUUAUAUUAUUUCUACCGGUUACUUGACAUCCAAGUUCGUUGAAUCAGUACUGACGAAGCGACGACUGCUAUACAUAAGGGCAAGGCAUCCCUCGCCUUUUCGGCUAGAGACUGGUUCAACUGUGCAGCAUCUUGUCGAAUAA